AAUAUUAUAUGCAUAUAUAUUUAGCUUGAGAAGGACACCUACUACCUGAAGUGCAAGGAACUAACAGAUAAGACUAUUGGACUCAGGCACUUGAAUGGAGAGGAGCUGCAAGGAAUGAAAAUUCAUGAACUACAGAAACUAGAGAAAGUGUUAGGAAAGGGUUUGGCUCGUGUUUCAAAAGAAAAGGAUGAAAGAAAUCUAAAAGAUAUUAUUGAGAUGAAGAAAAGGGGACUUCAAAUGGUGCAAGACAACCAUAGACUGAAACAGAUGAGAAGUCAAACAAACAGUCAAGGGCAAUCAUCAAAGUCAAACUCUGCUGAAGAGUCAGAUAAUCGUGAUCAUGGUGCUCCUAAUCUCAACUUGGGGCUUCCGAUGUUCAAAUGAAAUGAAACCGUAAAAAGUUAAUUUUGGAGAAGCGCAGUUGUGUUCUCUUUCAUUAUUAGCUCAAAUAAUAUCCUUAUUAGUAUUAAGUAGUAGUAUGUAUAAUUGUAAUUGUAUAUAAUAAUGGUGAAUGAUGAUAUACAUGGUUAUGAUAUUAUCGAUGAUCACCAAAGAUACUAUUACGUAGCAUAACAGGUUAAUAAUAAAUUAAUAACCAUCUGACAUGAGAUGUCGACGCCAAAACAAUACAAUCGAAUAUUAUUUAGAUUUCUGUACUUAUAAGCUUCUGUAAUUGAUAUUUUGCGUAAUAAAUGGUGCAUAUAAUUAUCAUGU